GUGAGAACCAGAGAUAGAGACACAGAGGCACUAUGGGUGAAUUCAGAUUUUUGAUACUCGUGCUUCAGUUUACAGCAGUAACUGCAGCCCCCCUCUCCUUCAUUGUCAGAGCUGGAGAUGACGUCAAUUUGCCUUGUGGAAAUGUGAUAAACAGUCAGGAUAAAUGCAGAGGUACUUCUUGGCUUUCCAGUCGUUCUUUGGGGGAAACAAAAAGAGAGCUGAUUACUCUUGGGCAGAUUAGUAAAAGUGAGAUUGGAAAAGCUAAAUCAGACAGACUGAGUGUUACAGCAGACUGUUCUCUGGUUAUAAAGAAGGUCACACGUGAUGAUGUUGGACGUUACAACUGCAGACAGUUUGAUGAAUCAGGACAAAAAGUUUCAGACUCUAAGGUUCAUCUGUCUGUUGUUGACAUGACUGAACAUGAGUAUAACGAUACGGUCAUCUUGGACUGCUCUGUGUGGACAUAUGAUGGGUGUAAACACACAGUGGAGUGGUUGUAUGAGGGUGAUAAGCGUGACGUUGGGAUAACAUUUCGUACCUGUGAAGUCUCUGUGAGAUUACCUCCUCAUCCUAAUCAGAAGUCAAAGUAUUAUGAGUUACUGAAGUGCAACGUGACAGAUAAAAAGAAUGGAGAAACACUGCUGUGUGAUGUUGGCCCUCAGUCCUCAUACGAGGAAAGAGGUUGGUGGGGGUACAUUAUUGUGUCUGUGGGUUUAGCAACACUCAUAAUUAGUGUUGUCACAGUCAACAUAUGGAAGAGAACUAAAGGGAGCCAAACACAGGUGGAGGACAAUGCUGUGCAUCAUGAUGAAGAUGAAGGUUCAGUCACCUAUGAAAACGUCGGAGAACCUUCUGCUUCCAUCAGACUCCACUGAUCAACUUCAACAUCAGCUCACAACAAAAGAAGAAAAAACAAUGUGUAACACAAAUUUCAGUCGUUUCUUAGAUGUUAAAAAACUUAAGUCUAAAUUGUCUUCCAGGUAAAGCUUUGCCUAAGUAUUUUAAUCUCUUUGUGUGCAGAACAAAUUAAUUCAUUUUCAUUUAUAGCACU